UCCAGACUCCGGGUAGCUAGUUGCGUUAAUGGUUUCAUCGACCUUUUCAUCAGUUUCAUCCACGUUCUUUUACCUUAAAUGUCUAUUUUCAGUGAGAACAAGUUAUUAUUCGGCGCGGUGGGGAUUGCACUAUCCUCUGUAGCUGUUGGAUAUGUUGUAGGUAGACGGCAUAAGAAAAUGUUUUCUUCCAACUGGAAAACAUUAAGCGGAAGCAAUGACGUUGUUAAGCAAUAUCUGUUAGACCAUGGCAUCCGAGAACCCGAAUCGCUGAGGAAACUUAGAGAGGUGAGGUCUAUUUUCUAAGUUCUGUAACCCUAACAAAAUACUACAUUGAAGAAAAGGGAAUGAUCAAUCGGUUUAGGCUCACUUCGGCCGCGGGUGCAAAUGAUUCCACGGACAGUACGAACCCAUUCCACUGAUCAUCGUGCUUCAGUUACUUAGGAUGAGUAAGUGUCUCCUUGAUCUUGCAGGGGCACCCAACGUCAAUUCUCGGAAAAUAUCUGUUUGGAAGAGGAUUUGAGAUCUAGAAUUUUCGGAACCUUUGUUGUAAAAUUUCUUGCUUGCCUGCGUCUCCUAGGAUUUUCGAACAUCUAAAAAAUGGUACGAUUGCCCAUUUUUAACGGAUUUUUACUGUAAAAAGGUCGCCUAGAAUUUUCGAGAGCCUUUUUUCUGGCUGACAUUUUCGAAAAGGUAAGUUUUGAUCCCUAUAAUUUUCGGAUCACUGGACUUUCAGCUAGGAAAUCCGAACAGAUGAAAAAUUUUUAGGGGAUGAAAAUAUGCCUAUAUCAGUACCAUUUAAAUACUAAAAUACGUUUAACAAUAACAUAACAAAACAUAACAUAAUCUUUAUUUAACGUGGGAGAAACACUUAGCUCAGCUGACUGAAACCAUUCAUCAAGUUGAUGAGGUGUAAUGUGGUCCGUAAGCUGCAUAGCCACCACUUUCUCAACUUCCUUCCAAAUUAUUUUCAAGUUAGAAAUCGGUCGAAAGUUAGAAAAUUACUUGUAGUCAGCAUCAGGUUUUUUGAGAACCGGUCAAAAUUCAGCAACUUUAAGUGCCUCAGACAUCUUUACGGAGGAGAGUGACAUGUUAAGAAUUCUAGUUAACGUUGUUAGUAACAGAUUAAGUAACAGGUCUAGUAAGUUGGUAGUAACAGAUCUUGUAAUUCAGUUACAAGCAUAAAAUUCAAGUGGUGUUGUGUUUUGAAGUGUAACCAGACUUACAGGUAUGCGAAGAAAACAAGCACUGAAACUUAAAUAUAUAUUCGAUGUGUCACAAAUUCAAAUGUAGGGAUAUGAAGUUGACUUAUUUAAAUACAUUGUUCAGAGGUGCAUGAGAUUUUACACCAGUUGUUUGUAUACAGAAGAUUAGAAACAAAGCUAAAAUCUAUUUCAUAAAACCCUGAAGCCCAGGGAGGUGCCCUAGAUUUCAAGCGAUGGGGAUGGUUGAAUUAGCAGUGGGGAUUUGAAAUUUUUGAUUCCUGGAAUUUUGGGAUGGGAAACUUGGCACGUACUAUUUUUUUGGAGGGGUGACUGGAUUUAAGUAGGGAUUUUUUUGGUUAUCCAAAACAAUCUGAAGAUUUUGUAAUAACUUUAUUUGGUAUGGUGAAUAUACAAACACAAACAUUGAAUUUGUAAUGUUUUUAUUUUUUGUGUUAUAUCAUUUUGAUGUUUACGUACUAGAAAUUUUUAAGGCUCAGAAAUGUGGCAUGAGAUUUUUAUGGGUUAAUUUUUGGUCCAGAGAUUCUUAUGGGUUUUGAUUUUUGUCCCCAUUUGAUCAUCCCCGUCACUUGAAAUCCAGAGUAUCCCCCCCCAACCCCUUGGGCCCUGACGCAACCCACGGGGGUACCCUUAUGAGGAUGUAAAAAUACAGAUUUUGUAUGGGAGUUCAGAGAGGGGUUAGGCAGCCAUAAGUAGAGCUGUCCGCUAACGAGAGUGUCCCAUAAGAGAGCUUCCACUGAAUGAAUUAUCUAUGAGUUUUGAAAGUAAAUAAUAUGUAACCAACACAAACAAUAGUCCAGUUUUGAGUUAUAAUAAUAAUAAUAAUAAUAAUAAUGGUUUAUUAACAGUGUAUCCACCUAGUGGCUCUUCACUUGUUAAAAACUACAAUAUAAAAUAUGAAAUCUACAAUAUGCUACAAAAAUAAAUUUAAAAAAAAAUGAAAUCUACAAUAUAAAAAGCAAUAAUAGGGGACUGUAAAAGGAUAUUGUACAAAAAUGUUACAGAGAUUAGUAAUAAUAAUACAACCCUAUAUGCAAUUUAAAGGCUAUUUACAAUUGUUGUUUGAUAGGUAGGCAUAAUCACUACAGUUUCUAAUAUUUGCUGGAAGGGCAUUAAAGAACUUGGCAGCAGAGUCUUGAAAGGUGCCCCUCUCCAUUGGUAUAAUUAAUCUUGUUGCUGCUCCUGAUCGCAAAGAUCGCAGAUGUUUAACUGUAUCUAGUGGUACGUAAGACGGUCAGCUAGGGAGUGCAAAGCCUUGUGAACAAGUUUGAGAAUGUGGAAGUCUCUUCACUGUCUUACUGGUAACCACCCUAUCUUAACAAUAUCAUUAAUGUCAUUUACAUACCUACUCAGGACAAAACUAGCAGCUUGUAGCUGGAAAUGCUGUAAAUGUUGCAGUUAAUUUUUCAUUUCAGUUAAUUUUUGUUUUUCCUUUGUUUUUAAUUUAUUAGCAUACAUUACCAUACACCAAAACAAUGAAAAAAAAAAAAUGAACUGAAAUAAAAAAUUAACUACAACAUAAACGUUUUAGUUGAAAUUCUUGCAAAGGGUAAUAGACAGUGUCACAAUAGUCAAGUUUUGACAGCAACAGUGACUCCACUAAAUUCUUUCUGAGUCUAUAACCAGCAAAUUAAAGUUCUUAAAAUAAGUUUUCUUAUUGAUUGUUUGUAUCGUCCCGUAACAGCUCUUGCACGUUGCUUGCACGUGCUCAUCCCAAUUAAGAUGCUGGUGGAAAUGGACACCUGAAGAAGCUUACUUACAUUUACAUAUUCUAGUGUACUAUCUGAGAUUGUAAUAGCUGGUCGAUUCUUAUCUAAACUUUAUACAUGAGACAUCUGGCUUGUGGACACUGAGCAACAUCAUCAUUGUCUUCUUCGAGUUAAGUGCUAGAUGGGAGUCAUUAGAUCAGGAGCUCACAGUGCUUAGUGUGGAGUUUAGUUCUUUCGCACAUCUUUGUAGCUCAGGAGCUUGACAGCUGGAGUAUUAUUGUAGCAUGGAUAAUAGAAAGACCAGUCUUUCUACUAUCCAUGAGUGUAGUGUCGUCAGCAUAUUGAAAUGAACCAAUCAAGGAAGGGAGAUGAUCUGCAGAUCGGAAACAUAGAGGUUAUUAAUAUAAAUUAACAUUAGGCACAUGUUGACUGAUUCAGAUGCAUGAUCAUCGAUCUGUACAAAAUGUGACGGGUCACUCAAGUAGCAAUUCAACCAGCGCAGAAACUACUUCGAGAAACCAAGCGUUGAUAACUUAGUUAUAAGAAUCUUGUAGUUGACUGUGUCAAACGCUUUAGAGAAAUCGGCCAGCACCAUGAGAGUAACCUCACCUUUUUUCAUCGCUCUCAGCAAUUCGUCCCCCAUACCCAUUAGCACUGUAUUGGUCGAGGGUCCCUUAGGAAAGCUAGAAAUUGUAUUCAAAGUAGACAGACUGCAAAUUAUAGUAGUUGCUAAAAAAUAUAUCUACGUGUCCCAACUGUUCAUCAGUAGGAUGCCUAAAAUGCAUGCAAUUCCACAAUUGGUUUCAGCUCCAUUAAAUCCUAUACCAAUUGUAGAACAUUUUAGAAGGAGCCACCCACCGUGUGAGCACAGUCGCGGGCAACACAUAUAAGUGAGGAAAAUAACGCAAAGCAAAACUAAGACGUUAUCACAGAGUUCACCAUCACCGCUGAAUAAAAAAGUAAAGAUGCAUUUUUUACAGGCUUAGCCUCCAUCUGAAAUAAAUAUAUUCACAAAUUCCAGCAAGAAGCUGUUUAUUACUCUUUCUUUUUUGUAUUAUAUUUACAAAUCUCAAACACUUUCUGGAAUUGUGAAUACCGUAAAAUUCCGAAAAUAAGCCCCGGGGCUUAUAUUUUUCAAAGACCCUUUUUGAGGGGCUUAUUUUUGGAGGGGCUUAUAUUCGAAGGGGCUUAUCAACGGAGGGAAAUUUGCGUUUCUAAAUCGAUUGGGCUAGCCUUAUAACAGGAAGUAAAUUUACCGUUUUUGCUUUGUUUUACUUUGUAUUUGAGGACAAUUUUCCAAGUACAAGCUCCCGCGGGGCUUAUAUUUGGAGGGGCGAUUUAACGGAGGGCUUUUUGCGUUACCGGUUUGGGGGGGCUUAUAUUUGGAGGGGCUUAUACAUGGAGGGGUUAUUUUCGGAAUUUUACGGUAUUUUACUUUAUGUCGAGGCUAACCCUGUAUUAAUGUGUCAUUAAUGUUUGUAUCCAACGGUAAUUACUGAGACGCUUUUUAAUUUAUAUCCAAACCAAUGAUUGCCUUUGUUUUUUCGUCCAAUAUCAUGCGUUAUUAUGGAAUAAGAAUAUUAGUAAACAUGUUCUCAAUCAAUCAGAAUAUUAAAAAAAAAGCAACAUUUAUAACAGAAAUGUAAGUGAUGAAAAUAUGUUGCAAAACAUUUUAUACUUGUGGUAUAAUUAUGAAAAAACUAAAAUUAACAGCACAUUGCAAGUCCUCUCUCUACUGAUAUUGCAGGCAACUGUACAUACAGCUUCAAGGCAAACCAUGAUGUGUAGUUCUGACGAAUCACAACUCAUUAGGCUAUUGAUGCAGUUAUUGAAAGCAAAAAAGGUUAUUGAAAUAGGUAAGAUACAUAAGUGUGUGAGCUUGUGUUUGUACAAAGGCUACCAAGGUGUACAUCAAAUACUUUAUUUAUUUAUUUAUUUAUUUAUUUACAAACUUCGCCAAGAUGCCUGGAUGAGUCACAGAGCAAGCUCCACUACAAGGUCCAGAAAAAGAAAAUAAUACUAAUACAUACAAUAAUGACAAUGUACUAGAAACAACAGAAACAGCAAUAACAAACAGGAUUGGAGCAAACGUUGGUCAAAGGAUCAACAACACAUUCGAUCGAGCAAGCUUGUCAAUGGCCUACUAGUGUGGACCAUACUUGGUACCCUAGUUAGCUUCUUGUCUAAAAGUUUUCAAUGUCUAUGAAGAAAAGAAAACCAUGCACAAAUGAAGGUUACAACUGUACCAAUCAUGUCUGGUUUUGGGACGGGUGGUGGUGGUGGUGGUGGUGGUGGUGGGGGGGGUCGGUAUAGCUUGUGGGAUACCAAUAUAAUCGUUUUUACCCAUAAGAUACACGUACUAAUAUAUUGUAAAAUCUUUGAUAGCAAAUAUCUACAAUUACCUUGAAACGGAAUAUCAUAUAUUUCAUAAUGAUUUGUCGUGUUAUUGAGAGGUUAAAAAAAAGUUACAGUGCAUAACUUCUGGUGCACUGCUGUUGGCCACGAGCUUAUUUCCAUCUGUGUAACUUACAGGGGUGUACACUGGUUAUAACACAUUAAGCAUGGCUACAAUGCUGCCCCCAGGAGGAAAAGUUGUGGCUUGUGACAUAACAGACAAAUAUCUGAAGGAGAUUAAUUCUCAGCAGUACUUUGAAGAGGUAGGAAAAUGUUUAUUGUCUUUGAAAGAUAGCAGCAACUAGAUAUACAGUAGAACCCUGGUAAUUCGAACUCUGAAGGGAAACAGAAAACAGUCUAAGUUACUGGGGUCGAUUGCAAAAUUCAAUUUUCAGUGUUAAAAGUUGAUAGUUACUUAUUUUUCAGCACUUCCAGCAGUGUAUAGUUAAAGCGUAAAGCUACGCUUUAUUUGGAGUCCAAAUUUAGCCUAAAAGACAAAAUUGUGAACAGUCAAGAAAAAUUAACGGAGUUUUGGGUACGUAUCAACAGUUCGCUCGCGGGCCAGGAAAAAGCCCUACAAGAAACCCGCCAAAAGGCGGGAAGAUAGAGGAAACCUGGGCAGGAACCAAGCACAAUAAACUCCACGACCUUCCUACGAGGCCGAAAAAAUAAUGAAAGAAAUUACAAUCUAAAGUUAAACUUACACGCCGAAAAGGAAGCUUAACGACCGAGAAUAACUUGCACUCUAUACAGGUUCAAUUUAUACAAAAAUACCUGCAAAAAUAUUAAUUUCACUCUGCACGUUUUAAACAUACAAUUGCUUACAGAAAUAGCUGGUAUCAUAAUCAUUCAAUGAAUCUCACAAAUAAUCAACAGCUAAAAUGAUAGCGAACAGAAAUCAAUUUACCAUUAUCCAAGUUCAAAUUAAUGAGUAUAAAAAUGAAUGAAAAGUGGGUUGAAAUCUAAGGAAACGAGACUUUUUUUUAGUUCAAAUUAGUGAGAGAGUUUGAAUUAUUCGAGUUUGAGUUACCAGGGUUUCUGUCCUUAUUUAUCACUGGUUUAUGUGGCACAACGUAAACUAUUGGUUUACCAGUAAUUUCUAUUACGCCUCACAGUCAAUUUAUAUUUUGUAUUUAUUUAUUUGUUAAUAACGAUUUUGAGAAACAUAUGUAGAAGGCGGUGUAUGCAAGGCGUUGCAAUGAAUCAAUCUUCAUGAAAGUAAGUUUCUUACAUCAGUAUACAUCAUGAAGAUUAUUUGUUGAGAGAUAUACAGAAAAGCGCUAAAAGUCAAAUUUAGAAUAAAGUUGCACUGAGACAGGUGGUGAGAAAACAGGUUUGUUUUCAGGACCGUAAGAAAGAAAAUACACCAAAAUUUCCCAGCAGCGAAAUAUAAGAUUAUCAAUUUGAGUUUUUGUAGAACUUUUUUAUUAAAACAAUUUAUGAAGGUUAUUGAAAUAUAAGGUUUGAAAUAUAUUUACGUUUUAUUCGAAUAUACAGAAACAUACAGAAUUUUUUUACUUCUCACGGAGGUCAUUUGCCAAAUAUCACCCUUAAAGUUCCUGGUGUCGGAUUUUCAGUAGCCGGUCUAGAUUGCGCGAAAUGUGGCUUUAUCGAUUUCAAAGUUUUUCGUCUAUUGUUGUCAUAGUGAUAUCAAUUUUACUUUAAACUGCAUUUGGACAAACAGUCACUUGUUAAUUUUUUUUUUAGCCAUGGGACAAAUAUGGGUAAGGUCACCGAAAAAUUGUUUCAAAACACCUUAAAAAGACCGUAUUGAAUUUACUGAGUUCAUUUCGGGAUUGUCUGAGGUGUAUAGAACCAAUCUAACAGUGAAUUAUAUUUGUAAAGGCAGGGGUUGAAUCGAAGAUAGAUUUGAGGCCACAAUCUGCGAUCACCACUCUAGGUAAGGGCCAUUAUAAUUAUGAGCUAAAACUGUUGAUUAGUCUAAGCAGUUAACAAGCCCACAGUUCGUGAGUGAAAGAAAGUUUAGCUGCAUCUAAAAUUUGAUCCCAUAUUUCUAAGCUUUCUUAGUAAGCGGAUUGUGGAAUUUGGUCGGAAAGACUUUAAGAACCAACAAAAUCGUGAACGUCUUAAAAUAAGACACAUGAAAGUUACAGCCGUUUUAGUCUUUCAGACCUGUUUUGAAUAGCCUAUGUGGCAGGUGUAAAAAAGGCCGGAAGGGGGAGGGACAAAAGCGAAAGGGAUAAGAGAGCUCUGGUACCCCCUCCCCGUUUCCCUUUCUCCCCCCGGCUCUUCUAUGCCGGCUAGGUUUAAUUACAUGUAUGUCUACUUGUCAGUUUAACAGGCCCAUUAUGUAAAGAUGUGUUGCACUAAUCAUGGUACUUAUUAAACAGCAAGUCAUUUAUCCAGGCGUUUUAGAAUCCUCUAGGACAAAUACGGCAGAAAACAAGACAAGACAAGACAAUGCUUUAUUUGGAGUCUUAUACAUGAGGUUUCGUUCCCAUGGAAGGGGAGGGAGGCACUUAACCCUAACCCCAAAUAUUACAUUCCCCCACCCCCCAGGAUUACAUUUUACCAGAAAAGCCGGUGUAGCUGGUGAUACCUUUUCUGCACUGUUGUCUUUGUUGUUGUUGUUAAUUUUUUCUUUUUUAAUCUAAAUUUCUGUGAAAUAUCUGGCGGUUCUUUUUCUAGUCUCCUCGUAAUGUUCGUCAUUAGCUUAGGUCUUGGCCUCGCUUUCUAGGGCAAUUGCUGCAAAUCAUGAAUGAUAGAUUUUAAGUGGUGAAUGGCAAAUAAGUAGUAUCUUGUGACCUUUCCUUAGAUGAGCUGAUAGACGCAGGAGAGAGUGGAAGUUACGACCUGGUUUUUAUUGACGCUGAAAAGACGGAAUAUGAUCAGUAUUAUGAGAAAUCGCUACAGCUGUUGCGCAGUGGGGGAAUUGUUGUCGUUGACAAUGUAAGAUAUAAGUAUUUUUAAAUAUCCAAACUUUGCUGUGUAAAACAAUAGACCCUUGCACGGUUUUUCAACUUCUCACUGGGACCGAAAAUUCGUCAAUAUGGCUGGAAAGAACGCCUUAAAAUUAGUAAAGUUGCCAAGUAUGAAAGUGAUUUGUUGAAAACCAACGAAGCGAUACAGCUCCGCAAAGUCGCACAAUUUUGAAGAGGUUUGUAUGGUGGUGGUGGUUGUUGGUGGUGGGGGGUAAGUUUGAACCCCCACCAUACAAACGUCUGUAAAACUUUGCGUCUUUGUGGAGCAAUAUCUUCCAUGUUGCUUUGGAAGUAUCACCUUUAAACUUGGUAAGCUACCCUAUUUAAGUUCCUCUUUCCAGUAAUGUUGAUAGAUAUUUGCUGACUACUUUUUAUCAAAAAUUCAAAAAAAAAAAAAAUGCCGCGAAAUCUAUUCUGAGAUUCAGCGGCUAUGUUCAUACGAUACUGGAUAGCUUUUCGUGCCUUUCGUGCAGACACGAAAAGAUAUCGGUAGAGUAUGAACAGUAACGGUACAGAACUGGAACAAGUCGUUCACACGCUAACAUCGAACAUCGUGCAGGAACGGGUGGCCGAGAGAGUUUGGUUCUCUAAUUCCCAACCUCACUCCUGAAUAUUUACUUCCGUCUCAGCAAGUUUCAGUCUUCUUUCUUACUUAUUUACUUCCGCUACGGUCCAAUUACCUUCACACUACACCAAAAUGUGGCCGACAUAGCCUGUACGAUGUAUGACGCACCACUUUCGAGAUCGGCGCGGCGCAGUUACAGAAUUCGCGCCAAAAUCACCGUUCGUAUGUGUGAACAGAAGCCCUAUCAGUCCGGUAUGACUUCCGGUGUGGUAUGACUUCCGGUACAGUAUGAACAUAGUCUCAGUCUGUCGAUUCGUGUCGAGGCUUUGCAGAACUGGAUAGUGCGAACGUCAGCCGAGAAGAAGCCGGACUCCUACCUAAGUUCGCUUCCUCUCCUUUCCGCGGCUUCUGUCGUUUUCUUCCCCAUUAUUUUCUUUUCUUUUGCUGGGCAUUUAUAGGUGUAGUCAGACGCUCUGGGAUUAUGUGCUUCUAUUUGUGCGUAAAGACCGUAUUCGCGUACUUUCCUUGCGGUAUAUUCUAUAGCAAGAGAGAAUGAGGGACUUGUUUGUAUACUUCAUGUCUCUGUAUGUAUGUAUGCAUGAUCAUGGCUGAUGAUUUCUCUUUAGGCUCUGUGGGAUUUAAAAGUUUGCAGUCCUGAGAUGAUCGCCUCGGAUAUGGAAACAAGAGCCAUUCACAACUUAAACUUGAAAAUUCACAAGGACAGCCGUGUUAUGAUAUGUUUUCUUCCCUUCGCUGAUGGUGUGAACAUAGCUAUGAAGCUCUAAACCCGAUAUUAGCGCUGCUUAUGACAAUCCAGAUAAAUUGCUAUUAAUUUUGCUUUUAAAAUCCUCUGGUUAGUCCCAGGGUUCUAAAAGUUUUUUUUUCUCCAAGCAUGUUGAACAGGAG